UUUUGCUGUUUUGUAGGUUACGCGCUGUAACGUGUACGCGGUCCGACUGCGAGGACGGGUUUUGUCUGUACGGUGUCUCUCGAGAUAAAAUCCAAAGAAUUUGGUUUGCAACCUGAUUUAAAACCAUGAGAUUCUGAUGAGAGACGACCCAUCUCGUCGGCAUCAACCAUAUCGAAUUAUUCUAUUCUGUCGAACUUUUCAUCACACGCUGCAUCGUUGCGGUCUCGCGAAUGUCGCAACGCCAACGAUUAUAAAUAUUUUUAAACUGAAAUCAGAGUGACUGCUACAGCAGUGUAUCAUAUAUCAUGUUGUCCGAGUCGUCGUUCAGCGGUGAAAUGGAAAAACAACCACUGCUGUCAUCGAAAAAAACUCCGAUCCGGCGUUCACUAUUGGCGAGCUUUCUCGCUUCCUUGAUGUCGUUUACUUCGGGAACCGUGGUUGGUGGAUGGACGGCUCCACAGCAUCCCGAAUCCGUCGGAGAUAUGAUGUUCAUGAUGGAAACCAUGGAAGAGACGUCGUGGGUCGUUUCCAUAUACCUGAUUGGAGCGCUCUUAGGUGCACUUCCGGCCGGCCAGAUAUCACGGACCAUCGGCCGCAAGAAGUUCCUGCUGUUCCUCGCGGUUCCCAUGACGGUUGGAUGGCUGUUAAUCAUGCUCUUCGUGAAUGAAGUAUAUUUGAUUCUCGUCGGACGUUUCCUGUGUGGACUGUCGCUGGGUGCCGUCACGGUGGCUGUGCCACUGUACAACUACGACGUGGCACCAGACGUGUGUCGCGGACGUGGUGGCGUGUUUCUUGACUUCAUGCUGUGCGCGGGCAUCCUGUACUCAUACGUGUCCAGUUCCUUGCUGGGCCUCCAGAUGUUCGCUUUAACCUGCGCCAUCUUCCCGCUAGUGUUCUGCGCACUUUUCUGGCGCAUGCCCGAAUCGCCGCUUUACCUGUACAGCCGAGGACGCUUCUUGGACGCCAAAUCGGCCCUCAUGUACGGUCGCCCUUACUAAAUUAUUGCAGCGUGCAUACCAGUAGCACAGGAGUGUGAUUUUUGUGGUGGUUAAGUGGGGAGUGGUGGAGAGGAGAGACACGAUGUUCGUCCGGGUUUCGAAUUCUAGUCACUAUGAUAAUUGAACGACGCCGAGCGUGAUUUCGAUGAGUUUUAAGUAUAGGUACGUCAUUUUGGAACGCCGCGGAGAGCUURGUUGAUCGGUUCCUAUAUGYUUUAUCGGUGCGAACGAAGUAAAAUAAUAGCUGAAGCUCGGAUGUCGAUGCAUGACUUUUCCAUUUUCUUUCUCUUUUUUGUCGUAACGUCUAUAAGAGACCUCUUAUGCAGUGUUGGUGAGUUGCGGCCCAAACCCUAAAUAACGUACGAGUUGCGGCCUGGGUUUAUGAAAGG